AUGCAUGACCAUGGCGACGAGCAGUUCGUGACAGCCGUUGCGCCGGAGCAUUAUCAUUCGCACUCGCCCUAUGUGCUCAAGCAACUACCCAAUGCGUACUCGUACCCAGCCAACUCCUACUACUCUGCUGCUGCUGCUGCUUCGCCACCAGUUGCCUCGUCUCCAGAAACUCGUAUGUCGGUGUCCGGCUCGUCGACGGGGUCGUAUUCAAUACCACACGCGAAUUUCGACCCGGCCAUUCCGCACCCCGAACAAACUAGUGUACCAGCUACGAAUGGCCGCCCGCAAGCAUCUCCUCAGCUAUUACCACCCUCUCGACCAGUCACAGGCGUCAUCGCGGAAUCAUAUUCGAAGGAAGGCCAGACUCGUGCGAGCUGGUCGCCAAGGAUGUCCAGCUCGGACGGACACAAUCCCCGCAGUCACCACGAAGCACAGAACACAGUGACGGUAUACACAUCAGACAAGGAGCAGGUUUCAAGGCGGGAACCCAAUGCCGUUUUGGUUCUGCUUCUUUUCUCCGCACCAAUCCCUGUUUUCUCAAUGGGCACAGCAAUAUACACCUUUUUCGCCUUAUUCAUUGUGAUAUUCACCUCUCCACUCCGCCUCUGUCCCCCCACGCGCUUCUUUCGCUCUACCACAUUUUCUACACAACUCUGCCAGCUUCUCGCCCCAGCACUGCGCUAUCAUGAACGUCUUGCUCAGUCAAGUCGCUCAGACCACCGUUACCACCACUCACACCAUCCAUACACCCCUGAAACCUCAACUGAACAAUUCGCACCGCUCUGGUCCAGCCUCGUCCUCACUCUCGCCCCAUUUCUCAGCUUCGGUCUGUUGCUUGCUGCCUGGACAGCCGCAUUUUUCUGGAUCUUUGCUAUGAUACUCGGAAAUCCAGACGGAACGGAGAAGAAAGACGACGGCCGCGUUGCCGUUCUCGGGGUGAACGCAUGGUGGCAGACGUGGCUACGAAAAAGUCGGCGGCGGCAGUAA